ACAGCUUAUAGUGCAGAGAGAGAGAGAGUGUGUGGAGAGAGAGAGAGAGAGAGAGUGGGAGAGAGAGUAUGCCCACCAUGAACAGUUGUCUUUCGUCGGCAUCACCUACAGAAAUUUGAAUCCCCGUUGUCUCUGUUGUUUUAUAGAGAGAGAGAGAGUCACUGUGUGCGUGUGAGAGAGAGAGAGAGAGGUGGGCAGUUACAGAUGCUCUGGAAAUGGGGAAAGUCGAAGAACAACUACAUCUGCAGCGGCAGCAGAUUGAGGGGAAUCGAACUCGCUCUACAAUCUGCUGCGAGAGUUGUUCGGUGGGUCUGUCUAGAAUCGGUCGGCAGUUCAAUGUCAAAUGCGCCGUCGUUUUGAUUUUCAGCGUGUGUGCGUUCCUGUCUGCUAUAUUUUGGGUCCUUCCUCGUCACUCGAGACAGUCCGGGUUCGAUGCCAUAGAGGCAGUCAAACUUAGUGCUACAGUUCAGGCAUAUUUCAAACUGCAAAAGCCAGUUUCAGUGCUUGUUCCUCACAUUGCAAGAUUAGAGUAUGAUAUCAAUGGGGAAAUAGGUGUCCCGUUUACAAAGGUUGCUGUCCUAUCUAUGCACCGAGCAGGUGCAUCUAACUUGACUGAUGUUAUUUUCGGUGUUCUUUCUGAUCCAAUGGAUUCCCGAAUAAAUUCAGUGUCGUUAAGUGUGCUGAAGUCGUCGUUGAUAGAGCUGUUCCUUGAGCAAAUUAAUUUGACUUUGUCAACUUCAAUUUUUGGGCAGCCAUCUUCAUUUGAGAUUUUGGAGUUUCCUGGAGGAAUUACUGUAAUUCCUCCUGAGCAAUCUGCUUCCAUUUGGCAGAUACCCCAGAUCCUUUUCAAUUUUACUCUUUAUAAUUCUAUAUAUGAAAUAAAGGAGAAUUUUAUUGAGUUGAAGGAACAGCUGAAGUUGGGGUUGCAUCUGAGGCCUUAUGAGAAUGUGUAUGUGCAGGUGACAAACAAAAAUGGGUCAACAAGAGCUCCCCCAGUCACAGUUCAGGCUUCGGUUACGUCAGACCUGGGAAUUCUUCUGCCACAAAGAUUGAAGCAAUUGGCUGAAACAAUCACAGGGUCUCCUGCAAAAAAUCUUGGCCUCAGUAACUCUGUUUUUGGUAAAGUUAAGGAAAUCAGAUUAUCUUCCUUUCUCAAUCGUACACUUGAUGCAACCCCACCAACUCCUUCUCCUACUCCAGCUCCUGCUCCAUCUCCUGAGGAAAAUGACUAUGCAGAACCCUCUAUUUCCCCAUAUCCUUCUCAUUCUCCAUCUUAUUCGCCAGUUCCCUCACCUAAUUUUCAUCACUCGCCACCUUGUUUAGACUGUGAUGCUUCUUCGCCGUCUGAUGAUGACUUCCCAUAUGCACCGAGACCGGAAAAUGGGCCCUGCCCCUCUUUACCUCCGAUUUCAAGUUCUCCUGCACCUUCAAUUAUAAAUACACAUUCCCCUCGCUCUAGUCCACAUUGUGGUUCCACAGUUCCACUAAGCCCCUCACCAGCAUCUCAUUCUAACCCAACUGCACCUACAUUUUCACCUCUGGCUUCUGCUGCAUAUCCACCUUCCAUGGGUCCCCCAUCACAGCUGUCCCCAGAUCUUUCUCCUUUACCUGCUGUAUCCUAUGGUUCCAGUCCAGGCCAGGACAAGGGGAAUGGGAAAGAGUUAUUAUCUCCACCACCAGCCUCGCCGUCAAUCUCACCAUCGCCAUCAUCUUUUGCGACAGGUCCUUACAAGGAGAUCUGGUUAUUUGGCUUCCUUGGACUCCUGACAUUCCAUCUUCUAUGUUGGUGAUAGUGAUAAAUUUGCGCAUCAUACUACAGAAAUAUAGUUUCCAAGCUUGCUAAGUACAGCAGCUGACAGUUUUGGUCUGGCAUAGGAUGGUAGAAGCUUUGGUGAAAAAAGUUAUUGGGCGCUUUUGAUGCGAGCGGUAUGGUAUAUAUAAUGUACAUGAACUGGAGAAAGUUACAGGUCAAAGCCGAAAGAUGGCGGGCCUCUCUCUUUUCUACAUUAUAACAUCGCAUGAAGACAUGGGGUGUUCUUCCCAAAGGGAAUAAACUCCUAGAGACGGUAACUGGUUAAGAACUGAAUGCUCUCGUGCAGUAUUUCAAGGAGAAACCAUCUUAGUGUUCAAGUGUAAGAUAUACAGGUUCUUUUUGAGCAUCUGCAAUGUGAGGAGGCACAGCAAAGUAUGUAACAAAGAAACGGGAUUAACUGGUGUUAACAAACACAUUGAAAGAUAUGGGUAUAUAUUUUACAUCAAAAUCAUUGGGAGGCUUGAAACUGAGGAUGGUCGAGAUAUAAUUUGAUUUUUGUUGUUUAGUUAUGAUUUUUUGGUAUAAAGAUACAGUAAUCGCCCACAGAGCAAGCCUUGCUGAACUAAAGGGUUAGCACAUCACAUGCAGCAACGUCAUAGUGUGGACUUUUGAAAUUUCACUGCUAAAGAUGGAGGAAAAAUUAUAUAAAAAAUUGUGUUAUUUCAGAAAAUAUGUUUUAUCUUUAGGUGCCAUAGAA